UGUGCUCAAAAAUCGUAGAUUUUAUGUUCUUUUUUUCAUGCGGAACCUCUCGCGUUCCUAACUUUUAGUUCGUCGCGUCGGGAAGAUAAAUUUCAAUGUGCGCACGGAAUAACCUCCAAAAUUGAGGCAAAGGGUGGAAAAGUUAGCGAACAAAAAGGUCCUAUUGCAAGUCUCGGUCAAGGAUAACGUUUCCUCGCUUCUAACCAAGUGCACUCGCUAAAUAUUGAGAAUCACUUCAAACAUGAGUGAAUUUCAACGCAAACUUAUUGGCUGAUCGGUAGAACUUCGAAGUUUGGACGUUCUUAACACACUCUCUUACUUAUGAGUCCUUGAAGCCAGCAUUGUCAUUUUUUUAUAAUCGUAAUUGUGUACUUAUUAAGUUUGUAUGCGAUGAAUGAGCAUACUUCCAAAUAUGCACGUAAAACUCAAAGUUCUACGACAUGUGCGUUAUCGUGCGUCAAGAAAAGGAUAACUUAAACACGCUGAAAGUCUGAUUUUUAACAGCUUUUAGAUUCGUCUUGAAGGGAUGGAGACACAGAUCGAAAACUUUUUGGAACAGUUUAAGCUGAGCUCCGCGCGAGCAAUGGAGGAGUUCGAGAUGAAACGAAGCUCGACUUUAGGACUCUCUCUGACUGGAUUAUCAGGGACGGGUGAUGGCACUUCAACCUCCGAGUCUGAGUCAACAAUGUCUUGUGAUCAAGAGAAAGUAUUGGCCAGUGACAUUACCUCUCUUCUUGAUCAGCAGUUUAUCACCCUCACUGGUGGCCGAUCUCGAGAUGGUUAUCCUAUAAUAACCUUUCCUGCAAAUCCAAAUUUCGUCAACCUCAGUAAUGCAGAUUACCAGAAGUUAAUUAUUUACAUCACAUCUGUACCUUCGAUGCAGGAAGCUGAUAUGGGAUUUGCCAUUGUUGUGGACAGACGCAAUGAUAAAUGGACCUCUGUGAAAGCAGUUCUCUCCAAAAUAUCGGCAUUCUUCCCAGGACUGAUCCAUUCAGUGUACGUUCUUCGCCUUGAAGGAAUUUUUCAAAAGACUUUUUCAAAAAUUAGUAACAAAUUUUCAAGAGAUGAAUUCAAAUUUCAAGUAAUCGUUUGUAGCUGUCUAGAAGAAUUAUAUGAGCACAUAGAACCAUGUGAGCUCACGCCAGACCUUGGUGGAGACCUAGAAUAUCACCAUGAACAAUGGCUCCAGCAAAGAGUGGAAUUGGAGCACUUUGCAAUUAAAACCAAAGCAGUAUCGGACAGUUUAGGUGCUUUUACCAGGAGUAUUAAAGAGGCUUGCGAGGAAAAUGAGGUAAAUGAAGAAAUGCUCCUUUCUCAAGAGACUGAAUAUGCAACUUUGAAGGAUGAGAUCCUGCGUGCUGCACAAGAAGGAGAAGCACUUCUAAGCGGCAUCAAAAAACGAGAAAACAGCCAUUGUCAUGAACCAUCAUCAUUUUCAAAUAGGGCAGCCAUCGAAAGGAAGUUGGUACAGCUUGAGGAGACUGAGCGAACUUUCGAUGAAUUUUGGGGCUAUCAUGCAUCAAGACUAAAGCAGUGUCUGGAGCUGAAAGCUUUUGAAAAUGAUUUUCGACAGAUGCAGGCAAGACUGGAUGAGAAUUUGAAAAUCCUCACUGAGUCAACGGAUAUCGGAGAAACAGUGAAUCACGUUCUCUCUCUCAUCAAGGACUUCGAUGACUUUCAGCAAAUAUGCUUUGAUGAUAUUGAGCGUUGUCAGUACACAAUUAGUAGAGGCAGAGGCUUGCGUAUUGCCAGCGUCGAAGCAAACUGUGAUGAACUUCAAAGAUUGGUCAAAACGCUAGAUGACCGUCUUCACCAUCGACGCGAACUGCUUUACAAAGCCAAAGAGUUAAUGGUGAUAAUAGAGCAGGCUAAUUCUUGGUGCUCUCAAGGUGUAUCGUUACUUGCUGCGCAGCAAUUGGAUGAAUGUUCUCGCAGCCCAGAAUCGGCGGAGAAUUGUCUGGCUGCACUAGAAGAAUUUAUGAACAGUGGAAAAAAGUUUUGCUCAAGUGAUUCACAGGAUUCUACUCUGGCGUUUGAAUUAUACGUCACACCAGAAACCAAGCCUUUAGUCAAUCAGGUUGUUCAAAGGAUAACUGAUGUCACAAUGAUGUGUGAAAAGAAGCUAGCAAGUUUGAAGAAGCUCAUUAUUCGCCCUCCAAAACCUGUUCAGCAUGUUAUUCCGGAACCAGUAAUAACUUCUCAUAAAUUACAAAAUCGGCUCAGCCUUAACGAAAAGAGACUCAGUCUCAACGAAAAGUUGGAUAAUGGUGAUAAUACAAUAAGUGGAACAGAAGUAGAUGGAUCUCUGAGAACGAUGCAGGGUCACGUACUAAAUGAGUUAAUAAACACUGAACGUGUGUACGUCCGAGAACUAGGGCAAAUUGUCCAGGGCUACAUUCAUGCAAUGUAUGUGGAUGAUAUGACAAGUUUAGUUCCUGUUGCUUUAGAAGGGAAAGAAAAAAUUUUAUUUGGAAAUUUAGAAGAAAUUUAUCAGUUUCACUCAAAUACAUUUCUCCAGGAUCUAGAGAAUUGUCUCUCGAACCCUGAAUUGAUUGCAGUUUGCUUUACGCAUAGGCAAGAUGUAUUCGAUAAAUUGUACAGUUUUUAUUGUCAGAACUCAGUACGUUCUGAACAGUUGCGGUGUGUCAUUGGUGAAUCAAAUGCCUUUUUCCUAGAAUGUCAACGCAGAUUAGGUCAUAGACUUCCGCUGGCAGCGUAUCUUCUGAAACCUAUCCAAAGGAUAACCAAGUAUCAGUUACUUUUGAAGGAUUUGCUCAGGUAUAGUCAAAAUGAAAGAGGUCGUGCGGAGUUGCAGCAAGCCCUCGAAUGUAUGUUAGAUGUUUUGAGGUGUGUCAAUGAUAGUAUGCACCAAAUAGCAAUCACCGGUUUUUAUGGUAAUAUACUGGAACUUGGUAAUCUAUUGUUGCAAGGAUCAUUCUCAGUCUCAACAGAAAAUAAAAAAGAUCGGCUCAAGGAACUGCGACUGAAGCCCAUGCAGCGGCAUUUGUUUUUGUAUGAAAAUGCUAUUUUGUUUUGCAAAAAAACCACAUCAGACAACAAAGACAUGUAUCAUUUCAAAAGAUUGUUAAAGAUGUCUCAAAUAGGUCUCACAGAAACCGUGAAGGGCGACCCUCGGAAGUUUGAGCUUUGGCUUCAAGCCAGGCAAGAAGUUUAUACCAUCCAGGCAGCCAAUGUUGAGCAAAAAUCAGCAUGGGUUAAACAGAUCCAAAAACUUCUCUUCGACCAGUUAUUUGCAAUCAAAGGAGAGAAGAACCGACAGUAUUCUGUUGCAUCUGGGCCAGCGCAACACAUACCCGUAAGGCAAUCUGUAUCUCUUGACAGUGGCGACAACUGUGCUCUUCUAGGUAUCAAUAGUAAUAAAAACCAUGUCAAUGACAAUAAUGUAGGUGAUGAUGAAAAUGCUUGGUCAUCGGAUGGUAGCAUCAGUGAUAAUGAUGAAUCUUUCGCUGGCCCCCGAAACAAUGCACUAAGUGGACGUUUUAUGGCUUUAGCUGAUUACUGUGCUAUAGGACCCUCUGCUAUCUCGUUGAAAGAGGGCGAUUGUGUCGAGAUUUUGAAAGUUGGCUCUGCCGGCUGGCUAUAUGUAAAGUCUAUAGGGUCACAAAUAGAAGGAUGGGCUCCAUCCUCUUAUCUGGAACAGUGUGGCAGGAAAUCUUCUCGAAGCUGCCAGUCAGUGAGUAGUCAAGUCUCAAGUUCGACUGACUAACAGGAAAUUUACCAAUACCUGGUGUAAAAACCAGCACCGCCAGACAUUGCGGUAAUGGAUGUUUCAUCCUCUCGUCAUCCAGUUAAUUUUGCAGUUUGUGAUAUGAAAGUUUUUGUUCCUUUUCUUUUCCUAUUAUUAUGCUUAGUUUUUUAAUGAGCCUAUAUUGUUGUUAAUUUGUUGCCAGACUUACAAAUGCGAGGUCAGAGGGAAAAAUCUUCUCGGUCGGACAGAGUGAGUUCAUUACUUGACUUACUGCCUUAUUGAUCACAGCGUCAGUUUUCUUUGUGUCCACCUCAGGUCACUAUGGUCAAUUGGUCAUAGUAUCUGACCUAUCCUGUAAAGUGAACCAAGCAAUAACAUUGACAUUCAGAGGAAACUCUACAGAUCUACCAUGGAACUAUUGUGACUUUUACUUAUAUUGUUUUAAGUGCGCAGUCCUAUUUUUUUGCUCGUUAAAACAAUGAAAAAAUUUCCGCAUGUACGUCAGAACUGCUUAUAUUCAAACGUGUAUGCAGCAAAUACUGGUGUAUUGAUACCGGUGGUCCUGAAGCAAUGCAACAAUAAAGCAUAUUUUCGUUGAUGAUUGGUCGAGCCAAACUGUUGCGGUUGAAUAGCUGCAAGCAACGGGUUGAUGAACAUUUGAGGUUAGACUUUCGAAAUUGAUGCGGGUUGGAUGCCAUUAUCUAGAUCAGGUCUUUUCUUAAUCCUACUUUUUGUAGGGUUUACUUUUGGCUCCAACGUUUGCAAGAAUUCCACCUUCUAUCUGUCUGGUGAGUCUUGAUAUGGUUCCAAAAAAGUAUGAUUGCGUCAAAGCAAAAUACAAAAACGCAUCAACCAUUUUGGUUCGACCGAUUAUCAACGAAAAUACAUACGCUUAUAGCUAUGCAGGCAUGAUACAAAAUUUAUGGUCAGGCGGUAAAGAAUAGGAUAUUUUUGUGAAUACAGGGAGAACUGCUUAUUCAGAAAAAUUUGGCCGGUCCAGAACCAUUUUGAUGUAAGUGAUUUUUACUGCAUUUUUGAAGGGCUCAGUAGGUGGAAGGCAUUUAUGUAACUCUUGCAUUGCUCUUAAGAUCGUGGUUCACGUCCUCCAUAUUUAUUCAUUUCACCACUUUUCUUCUAGUCUAGUCAAAGCGAAUGUUUAAAACUGAACUGUUGAUUGCGUUGUAGUCAUAGAGGGGUUGCGAAGAGGUCAUAUUUUAAGCUAUAGAUGUAUGCUUUUUACAAGCUGGACAUUAAUGGUUGGUUUUUCCUCUGAACUCAAAAAGUAUGAAAAACCUUGCAAGAGCUUGAUUAUGUUAAGUUGUAUGAGGUCUUUUCGAAAAUUUAAUUUUGAUGAAUUUUUGCUCAAAUCGCUGUGAUGAAUUAUCAAAGAGCUGAAUUCUCUCUCCUCAUUUUACCAUUAAAUUAUUAUUAUGAUAAUCCAUUGAAUAUUUCCGUUUAAAAUAUCGUAAAUUUAAAGAUUUCCCGCCCCAAGUGGUCACAAUAAUGUGUAAUGUUGAGGGAAAAAAAGUACCCAUUAUUUUUGUUGUUAAAUAACCGAGGUUGCUUUAAAUGAAAAGAACGCUGUCCUUCUGAGAAAAUUUACCUCGAGUUUUUAUAUUUGUUAAGUCAGCUUUUUUCCUUUUUUGCUCUAACUGUUACUUUUCUUUGUGGGAAGAAAAAGCCAUUAAGGUUAUAAAAACCAUAAGAAAUUAUAAAGUCAAUGAUGUAGAAUCAUAGUCGCUAAUUUUGUUGAGUCAAUAUGAUGGUGAAAUUUCAAUUAUUGAAAAUUUAAGCCGUGCUGCAUUGAAUGGCUGUGAAUAUAACUGAAUCCAUUAAUAAACAGCAAAUAUCUGUUGCCUGUUUAAUUUUUCCCCCUUUCAGUGGAGAAAGAGUGAAUAUUGACUUUUGAGAAAACAUACCAAAGGAAUAGUUAUUUAAUUUUGAUUCCAAAUAAUUUCUAGUACAUACAUACCUUAGCAUUUCAGUAUGUAGACUAUUGGCGUGAACUCUUACUGCAAACUACAGUGUGAACGAACAUUUUGUCACUGACCACUCGCUAAUUUUGUAAAAUAUUGUCAAAUUUAUGUUAAUUAGCUGACUGUUCCAAUUUUUAAAUGUACGUACAUUUAAAUUCUCAGUGGUUUCCUAGUCCAGAAUUUAAUGUUUUAAUUGGGCUGUUUUCCCCCGUACGCCAGUUAAAUCUUUCAUGUAUCAUUCAGUUUCUUUCCACGUGUUUUUCUUCCUCUUUACUUCAUGGAGCAAAAGAGCAUUACACUAAAGUCUGAAAAGAAUAUUAUUUCAUUUGUUUUGUUGCACAUUUUUGUUUUUAGUUUAUAGCUUAGCUGCUUUUUCUUUUCUUUGUAAGGAUUGUGUUCCUUUGAGUUCUGUAUUCAUAACUCGGGAGCAGGUAUCCUUGAGGUCUCUCCGUUGAAAUGUGUACUAGAUUUUCUCUUUUUAUCCUUUCUUAGACCUAAUUUAAGUAGGUUAUUAGGAAUAAUCCAACCCUUGAAAAAAACAUUAUAAAGAAGCUCAUCUAUCUGAGAUAUCAAUCAGUUCUUCCCUCCUGAACACAACUCUGAAAUUAAACUUAAUGAAGAAUACAGGACUCAGUACUAGAAAUGUCAUUCUUCUUUGCAGUAGCUCAAUCAACAACCAUUAAGACAAGGAAUUUAUUUUUACUGUGUCCUUAUCUUUAGCUAGCUCAGUGUGCAUAGUUUCCCAACAACUCAACAUCGCUAUAGAUUUUAUAUGGCCUUAUACUAUCACCUUUUUGACAAUUAAAGUUUAUUACAAGAAACCUGGUUCAAAAUUCACAAUAACAUGUAUUUAUAUUGUACCUUUUUUUUUUACUUAAGAUUAUUAGUAAGAUGUGCUCACAAGCAAGAGUUGGUUCCAUCAAUUUAUCUAAUAUUUUACUCUUUUUUGGGGUUGGUGUGGGAUUUAUUAUCACAAUGGACCAUAGUAUCGAUGCACAUUUACCACCUGUGGUGAAGUGGUUACCUAAAAGGAAUAGCACCAAAGAUUAUUAUUUUCUACGUUUUCGUUCUCUUCCUAGAUUUUUUAACUAUCACUAGCUGGGUCUUGUUGAGAGUUCGUAAGGAUAGUGCAUAAAUUUGAUUAGUCACAGAAAUAGCACCCCAAAUGUAUUUGAUGAUGGUACUUAUUACCAACUCUAGGGGAUAGUUGUGGUUCUUGUUAGCCUAAAAACUUUUAGAAAUGCCAAAAAUUCUCAUUAAUAUAGAAUUUUGAAGUGUAAGAACAGAAGCAAGGAAUUUUUAAGAAACUUUCGAAGUACAGAAAGCAGAAUCAGUCGUCCAACGUUUUCCCAUGGCUGGUCUUUAAUUAUGUGUGACUACUGAUGAGUUUUUGUGCCAUCAAUCAUUGAAUUGUAGCCAUGUAGUUUUGAGAUUAUCGAAUCAAUGUAACUUCUUUUCCUAUGUAUUUCAAUUGAUCACUCUAAUAGUCAGAAAGUCUGUUCCAUGUAAGUGUAUCUCUCAUAUUUCCCAAGUAAUAAAAUUUGAAAUUAAGAAAAGAAAAAAAGGCCCAUGCUAAUAAAUUAUGAGUCCAAGAAGAUUUAGCUAAUUUUUUUGCUUUGGAUCGGUUCUAUUUUGAGAUUUUUCUGGGGUGUAAAUUCCUAUGACCUUUUUCUAAUCAGUGGAACUCAUUUGUAUGGUUCUAAGAGGCUCUAUGGAAUGUCUUCCAAUACACGUGUGUGCUUCAUCAAUUCAGAUGAAAUUAUUUAUCUGUGAGGGAUUUUUUGUUCUCUUUUUUUUUCUUCUCUCCCUUUCUAGUCCAUCAUCUAGCAGGUGAUCGUUACUCUAAAACUUAGCACAUGAAAUUUACUUUUGUCAAGAUCUUCGUUGAUUUACGCAUCUAAGUAUUUGCAGGUCAUUCUUUGUCAUAAAUAAAA